GGGAUUCCUCUAUCCUACUGCUUACUGCUUUGCUCUGCUUGACCCAGACACGACCCAAGCUUACUUGAAAGGACAUGUUCCUCAGACGAUCGUUGGCCAAGUUUAGGCGGAACGGGUUGUUGACCAGUCGGAGGGGGUAUCAGGAUGAGAGUUUUGGGUAUAGGAAACCGCGGCCGUUCGAGGUUGACGACUACACAGAACACCAGCUAGCGAACCGGACUCUGAACGCCGCUCUCCUCCGAUACGCCGACAGCGUCCGCCUCCACGGGCACCGAGCAGCGUCCAUCGACCCGCUAGACCUGCUGGAGCGUGACCCAGUCGCAGCUCUCGAUCCCGAACGCUAUGGACUCGUGCAUAGGGAGAAGGAGUACGAUGUUGAUGGGAUCGUUUUUGGCCUUGGGGGAAAGGAGGCUAGGGGGAUGGUCAGUCUUGGAGAGAUGGAGGAGUGGUUGAGGAGCGUGUAUGUGGGUAGGAUCGCUUAUGAGUUUAUGCAUUCUCCUUCCAAAGCAGCCCGGCUAUGGUUCGCAAAGCACCUCGAGUCCGCGCCCUCCGCGCCCCUACCAGCAGAACACAAGCUCAGGAUCGCUAAGCUUCUCUCCGAAUCCGAGGUAUUCGAGCAUUUCCUGCAGACAAAGUUUCCCAACCUGAAGCGAUACGGAGGCGAGGGCGCGGAGAGCAUGAUCGCUGGCCUGGAUGGGCUGUUCGCGGUCGGUGCGGCUGCGGGCGUGGAGCAUAUCAUUCUGUGCAUGCCGCAUCGUGGUCGGCUUGCACUCCUUACGGGACUGCUGGAGUACUCCCCUGCUGCGCUGUUCCACAAGAUCAAGGGUGGGAGUGAGGUUCCCGAAGAGCUCGGAGCUACCGCAGACGUGAUCAGUCAUUUGACCGCAGCCCCAUCGCUCGUCUACCAAGGCGCGGCCAAGUCUAUCAAAGUGACCAUGCUUCCCAACCCUUCGCACUUGGAAGCCGUCAACCCCGUAGCGAUGGGCAAGACGCGCGCAAAGCAGUACUCGCUCUUGCGCGACCUCUUCAGCGGUGCAGACCCGGCCGAUUGCAAGCUCGGCGACAAGGUCAUGUGCGUCCAGCUGCACGGCGAUGGUGCCUUUACGGGGCAGGGCGUGGUCAUGGAAUCCCUUGGACUGAGUGACCUGCCACACUACACGAGCGGGGGCAGCGUGCACAUUGUCGUGAAUAACAAUAUUGGGUAUACGACGCCUUCGACCUCUGCCCGCUCGUCCCUCUACUGCUCCGACGUGGCGAAGAUGAUCGCUGCGCCUGUCUUGCACGUGAAUGGUGACCAUCCGGAGGACGUCGUGCGCGCUAUUCAGACUGCGUUCACCUACCGCCAGCACUUUAGGAAGGAUAUCGUCGUUGAUCUUAUUACGUACAGGCGCUGGGGACAUAACGAGCUUGAUGAGCCUGCGUAUACCCAGCCGCUGAUGUACGAGAAGAUCAGGAGCAGGAAGAGCGUGCCGAAGCUGUAUGAGGAGAAACUCGAGGCGGAAGGGGUGCUGGACGCGAGCGGAGUGAACGACCUCCGUUCGGCUUACAAGGACAACCUCGAGAAGGAGCUUACGGAAAGUGCGACUUAUACCCCUGUUGCGGACCACCUACAGGAACAGUGGAGCAGCAUGGUCUGGCCCGGCAGCGCCGAAGCUGUACGCGAUCCCGAAACUGGGAUCAGCGAGGAGACCCUCAAGCAGGUCGCGCAGGCCAGCGUGGCUAUCCCUGAGGGAUUCGAGAUCCACCCCCGCUUGCAGCGGCACGUCAAACAGAGGCUCGAGAGCGUCGAUUCCGGCAAAGGCAUCGACUUUGGCACAGCGGAGGCGAUGGCCUUCGGUUCCCUCAUGCUGGAAGGGUAUAACGUCCGUAUUUCUGGACAAGAUGUCGGACGAGGGACGUUCAGCCACAGGCACGCGAUGCUUGUUGACCAGAAGACGGAGCGGGUCGUCGUACCCCUAAAUAUGUCUCUCGGCGAAGGGCAGGGGAUGCUCGAGCUCGCUAACAGCUCUCUGAGCGAAUUCGGUGUGCUGGGCUUUGAGUGGGGCGUCAGUAUCGACUCGCCUAGGCUGUUGCCCAUUUGGGAAAGUCAAUUUGGCGACUUCUUCAACGGCGCUCAGAUCAUUAUCGACACGUUCGUCUCCUCUGGUGAGAGCAAGUGGCUCCGUCAGAGCGGGCUGGUAAUGCUCCUCCCUCAUGGUCUCGACGGUGCCGGCCCAGAGCACUCGUCCGCGCGUAUCGAGCGCUUCCUUCAGCUGACGAACGAUCCUUACCAGAAGGAGAGCUUUAACCCGAACAUGCAUGUGAUCAAUGUCACCACGUCUGCGCAGUACUUCCACUUGCUGCGCAGGCAGAUGAAGAGGAACUACCGUAAGCCGUUGAUUGUCGCUUCUCCUAAGGCGCUUCUCCGGGCUCCCGCGGCGUCGUCAUCCCUGGCCGAGAUGACCUCGGGCACCAAGUUCCAACCCGUGCUCGCAGACCCCAGCAUUAGCGAUCCAGCCAGCGUCAAGCGGCUCAUCCUCCUGACUGGCAAGUUCUACUACAUCCUAGCUCGGGAGCGCGAUCAGAGGAAGCUCUCCUCCGACGUCGCCAUCGUUCGUAUCGAGGAGCUCGCUCCUUUCCCGUUCGACGCCGUUAAGGACGUACUCUCAGCAUACAGCAAUGCCGAGCUCGUCUGGGCACAAGAAGAACCGAAGAACCAAGGUGCCUAUCCCCAUGUGGCGCCUCGUAUUGCCUCGAUCCUGGCGGAGCUGCCGACUGGAUCGAAGGAAAUGAAGUAUGUCGGCCGGAAGGAGUCGCCUGUUCCUGCUGUUGCUGUUGGAACUUGGCACGCUAAGGAGGCGAAGCAGCUGCUUGAUGAGGCGUUAGCUGGUCUGUAG